UAUAAUUUGCGACUUUCUACACAUAUGCAUUACUUCAGUUCUCAGUUUUUUAUUUGAGCAUGCAAUUUAAAUUCAUUUCAAAUGCCUAAGAGCGUAUCUUUUCCCUUUCAGCAAUCAAUAAGGGAUGGUUACCAGCAGGGUAUUACUGAAAAGGAUUUCAUCUGGAAAACAAAGAACGAAGCUGGCAGUAUUCUUAAAUAUAAUUCAGCAGAGAACAAAGAGAUGUCCGGAUUCAUCAUUGAAUUCGUAAAAGGCCAAUAUCCUGACGAAGUGGAGGGUGUUGUUAGAGAAGGAAUAAAGACAAAUUUUGAAUCGUUCAAAGCAAAGAAACGAAGAGAAGAGACUGGUAAACAAGAAGAACAUAACAAGAAAAUGGCUGUGUACAGCAGAAUGAGAAGAAAAUUAAACAACAGAAAAAAGGCAUUAAAAGAAAAAUCCAGUAUUCCAAAGGAACAAAAAGAAACAGUCAUGCAAAGUAUGGAGAUGCAGUAUAUGUCUUCUGAACAAACAGAUUCAGAAGACGAAGGAUCGUUUAUCGUCAGACCUCUGCCUUGGAGGUCUGACGAUUUUGACAAAUUAGUCAAAAAACUAGACCAAAAACAUGAUGGAAAACUAACCAAGAGAAGCAGACGGCAGCAUAAUAGGCGAAAGGUUGGGGCAGUUUCCUCAAGGAAAAAACCAGAAGUCGUGCCAGGACAUGAAUGGGUGUUUAGAUAGUAAAAGUCAUUGAUUAAACUUUUCAGUCAUCACGAAAUCAAAUAGAUGCGAACAGAAAGACAAAAAAUGCACCUUCAUGUCGGAUGUCAGCAUACCGUCUUCAACAACAACAAGCGGUUCGUAGGAGGAUGUUUUGAUAAAAAAUAGUAAAUAUUAAGUGCUUCUUGAAACAACAGUACUGUCGCAAUAGGCAAAACUAUCUACAAAUAACAAGAACAAUACACAUGUCAUUUGCAAAACAAAAUUAUUACCUUUUUGAUUUGAAACCUAACAUCACGGAAAAUAAAUGUAAACAAUUAUCAUUUUAUAGAAUUGUCAUGUCUAGAUGGAAAACCUUGUUGUUUUUAUUUAAUAUAUAAGUGAUACCGCGGAAACAAGCAGUGUAUUUUAUUUGCACACAGUAGUAAAUUUUUUAAGACAAAAUGGAAAUUCUUCGAAAUAGUAAGAAACUUCGUAUAUAUCAAGUUUCAAUAUUUUAAAUAUUUCUUUUUUGCGUAAUUAUACAAUAUUAACAUGAAAAAGCUAUAUAGCAGUAAAUUGUAUCUGGUAUCCUGAUGUAAGCAAUCAUACAAUGCAUGUAUACAACAGCUGGUUUUACAUUAAAAAUCCUUGUCUUAGUGGUGAAACUCUUCAUUGUGUAUGUUGCUCAUUUGUGUCCACGCGAGCAUAAUCAAAUAUAUAUUUUAAACACUAGGAUCUAAUUUAUUAUGUGAUUUUUUUUACAAUUGAUUUAAAACAGUAAGCAAUGAAAGGGAAACAACUCUUGUUAAAAUAAGAAUAUUUUUCGUAUCUUUAAAAAAUUGAAGAAAUUUUUAAAGUUUAAUAUGAAGGGAAAUAAAGGUAUGUUCAAAGAGCAGACAUAGAAUGUUGCUUUAAUUCAAACCUUAUUCAAACGUUACAAAAAUAAUAUAAACGAAUGUAUUACACUUAUUACAAGUUAUGUCAGUUGAAAAGUGAUUAGAUGGAUAUUUUGAAUAUAUAAAUGUUUAAGAGAGAAAAAAUAGCAAUUACAAAAAAUAAAAAUAAAACAAAGAAGAGAAUAAACAACAUGAAAAAAUCGAGGCUUUUUUCACUAUGGGAUAACGGGCGUUAUAAUGAAAAAAAAAUAUCUACGGUACAGCAGCGGGAUAUUCAGAAGGUUUUUGUUUUAACUUAAAGGUUUAUACGUUCAUAAUUAUUAAGAUUAUUAUAAAAAAUAAGUACGAAGAUCUUGAUUUUUUUUUACUUUUAUAAGAAGGGGGUUGCAUAUAAUUAGGUGCGCGUGUUAAACCCUCCAAAUUACGUUGGAUUUCAUUAUUCAGCUCGAACUUUUGUAUUCAAAGGGAAAUAAAUCUUUCUAUUAAAACAGUUGUUAGUUGCAAUUAGAAUCAAUUAGGUCAUACAAUGGAAACAACCACAACAAAAGGAUUCUUCAAAUAUCGUAAUGUUUAUUAUAUUUAAAUGCUCAGUCCUUUUACAUCAUGAAGAUGAUAAAAUUAAAUGUUACGUUUUAUGUAUGUUUUAUUGUUCCUUAAAACAGCAAUAACAAAAACAAUCAAAAAUACACAAAAUUAGAGUUUUAUGAUUCGAUAUGUAUGCAGAUGGUUUUUUUUCAAAUUAUUGUAGAAAGAAAUGUUAGUUCUUUCAUAUGUCAUGUAUUUGUAAA